AAGGAGGAGAAGCCAAGUGAACACAUCAAUCUGAAGGUGGUUGGUCAGGAUGGCCAAGUGGUGCACUUCAAGAUCAAGAAACAUACUUCCCUCAAGAAACUCAUCAAUGCUUAUUGUGAGAGAUCUAAACUUGUCCAAACGACAGUGAGGUUCAGAUUUGAUGGCCAGCCUAUCACGGAGAAUGAUACACCACAAGGCUUAGAGAUGGAGGACGGAGACACCAUAGAGGUGUUCCAGCAGCAGACUGGUGGUUUCUUCCUUUCACAUCUUGUGCUGUUGUGACACUUCCAUGCAGAAAGCUCUUGAGCUGGUCUUUAGCCCUCACUCCUACUGUCCUAUGAAGAAAGCAGUGUGUCUUUUGCCUACAGGAAUAUCUAAAGCUCAUUCACUAUAUAUUAUGUGAUUUUUUGUACAUUUCUUUUUCCUUUGUAUUCUUAUUUUUUUGAAAUUUAACCUCUGGUUUAUCUAAAAGGGUAGCAUUUAUCAUUUAUAUAUGACAUAUAAAGUAAUUGAUAUACCUGGAGAAAGCUCAGGUGGACUUUAUCAGAUUCAUCUCAGGUGAUCAUUUUUUUGUUAACAGUUAGAUUUGUUGAAAUGAUCCAAAUACUUUUAUCUUCAUUGGCAUAUUAUAGAUAAUGUGAUAUAUGAAGUCUGUUGUAGUAUUUGGAAGUUUAAAGAUGUCUUUUUCUGAUUUUUUUUAUACACUUCAUCAACUCUAAACCUUUUUCUUAAGCAAAGCUUUUUAUAUCCAUAGUAACUGAUAGCAUGUUUAUAGAUUGCAUUUAAUACUUUCAUUUUGUAUUAUGAUUUUUCUACAGCCCUUUCUUAAUUCUUCUAGCUCAUAUUUCUUACAUUCAUAGUAAAUGUAAGUCUUUUCCUUUUAGAGAUAUUUUUGCGAUAAACUACCCAAAUCUUUCCCAACCAUUGCCACUAUUUCUUACAAUGUGGGAUGGAGGAAGCAGUCUCACCAGCACUGAAAUAGCAAUAGCUUUUCAUGAGUAAGUGCUGUGAGUGAGAUGUGACUUAAUGUUGCAGAGGACACACUAUUACCUGUAUUGGUGAAGUUUCAUGUGUCAGUGAAGCAACAACAUUAAACAACAAAGCCAUUUCAGAGGACUGGUCUUGGCUUCUGAAUGUACAGAUUUCCGCUUAUUAUGUCUGCUAUCAGAUGCAGCUGAUUUCUUAUCUUUUUUUCUAAUCCCCACUUUUAUGUAUUAUUAUUAUUUUGUUUUUUUUUAUAUUUUCAUGAAGCAAAAGAGCAAAGGAUCUUUUUUUAUCAUCUGUUUAGCAUCAUGUUAAAUAGACAUGUAAUGAGAUAACUGGAUGAUGGUGCAAGCCUUUGAAUUAGUCAGUUUUGUAUACACUGAAAUGUGUGACUUUCCACAAAAUUGCAGCACAGAUUAUUACAUUUAUCUUUAUGUUUUCAUAAGGAUAUGUACCUGAAAAUUAGAGCGAUGCAAGAGUAAUGUGUAGAAAUAUUGAUGACCAUGCUACAAAAUGCAUUAUGAUGCAACUUGACAAAAGUGAGUUGUAGAAUGAGUCAGUCUAGAUGCAUUUCAGUCAGCCAUCAAGUAUUGAAGAUCUACAAAGCUGAAUAUAGGAUAUUGUGCAUUAAACUACACAUAUGUUGAACAUUUAAAAAAAGCAAAUAUUUCAUUUCCAAGCAAAAGUAAUUUGUUUGAGUUGGUUCUCAAGGAUAAGAACUUUCAAGUGAGAUAUGGGAAAACUUAAUUUGAUUUUUUUUUUUUUUUUUCAAAUUAUUAUUAAGGUAGUUUUGGUGUACAGAAUCCUCAGCUCAGGAAUAAACCAUUUAUUUGGAAAUGUAAAUUUUAAGUGGAAUGUAGACAAAGGUUACAAAAAAACAGAAUUUGAAAUGAGAGAAUUGAAUAGUUUCUGGUAAUUGACUUUUUUGUAGAAAAUCAAUUACAGAAAAUAAAAUUUUGUACAUAUGCUUAUACUUGUUGAUGUGGAUCAUCUUUUCACUAUUUUGUGUCCAUAAUAUUCUGGCUGUUAUGUUGAAUAUGGAUAGGCAAACAAGAUGUAGCAUCACUAAUCUCCAUAAUUAUAUGGAUAAAAUGUUUUGAACAGUAUGUUAUUAACACUGUCCAAUAAGCAUUUCAUACUUGUGUUU